AAUGAUAUAAAUAUUUAUUUAUUUAUUUAUUUAUUUUAAUAUGAAUAUCUAUUAAAUGAGAAUUCAUAUUCAUAUGAUUUUAUGAUCAUUUGUAUUUUGUUAUAAAAAAAAAAGUUAAACCAUUGCUCACAAAUCUUAAAUGUGAGAUUGUUUUUAACAAUUUUAGUAAUUUAUAGUCGUUUAAAAAAAUUCAGAAUAUAACAUUUAAGAAAAAAAUAGAUUUUAAUUAUAUAAUUAAUUGAGUGUUUAAUUUCUUUUAAUAAUAUAAAAAUUAAAUAUAAAUUAUGGAGGAGACAAAAACUUAUUAUCAAAUCUUAAUUAUUCAAAAUCAUUAAUUGUCAUAUAUAUGUUAAUUAUAUUAGGUAAUUACAUGUGUUACAAAAAAAAAGGUAAUUACAUAGCUUUGAUUUUAAAAAAAAAAGAAUGAAGAAUAUUUUUUGUAUACUAUUAAUCAAUUUGAUAGUUAAUUUAAUAAAAAUAUAAUAUAUAUUUAGAAGGAUUAAUUUAUUUCUCUAAAUAUUCUAAGAAUCAUUAUAGUAAUGAUAUGUGACCAUUUCAAAUAUUAUAAUAUUUUUUAAUUAAUAUAUAAGGGAUUAUAUUUGGAUGUUUCAACAUUAAUCGUAAACUUGAUAAAACUAUUGACAAUUCCGUCAGACACUCCAACAAUAUUUAAAAAUAAAAAUUUGUUAUGUAUUCUCUUCAAUACGACUCUACCCAAAUGUGCCAUUGUAUUUUUUACCGCCUGUUUUUUGCAUGAGAUGAAUAUAGCUUCGGAGAAGUAGACAAAUUCUGUACUUCUUUUAGCCAGUCGUGGGUGUGUUAGUUGAGUUCUGACUAAGGGUGGAGUGCUUCCUUUCCACUGCUGAGUAGUACCCUGUUUUUGAAUAUCUACGAGUUGGAUCCAAAAGAGAAUUUUGUAUAGAAAGUCUAGAUUUGGCCUCGGUUUUCCAUUGAUCUAGAGCCACAAUCUAGGUUUUCACCAUCCAAGGACCUUGAUGCAGAACAUGAUUGAGGCAUCUUUUUUCACUCUUGAAGAUGAAAUGAAUUCGGUUUAAUAUAUUUGCUGUCCAUACUAUAAUAUUGUAGGCUCUUUGUAUAUGUUUCAUUUGUUUUUUUUUUUCAAAUACAAUUUUUUUUUGUUUGAGAUGUUAAUAUUGUUAUCUUACUAAAAAGCGGUUUAGCGAUAAAUAAAGGAAGACAAUAGAUAGAACAAAGAGUUGAUUACACUAUAGGUCACAUUCUGAAUUUGCCUUACAUUCAAAGGCACAUUCCACAUUAGAGGCACUUUUUCUUGGUUGAAGUUAAAUUUCAGACAAUAAUGCCCUUAAUGAAAGGAGAAGGAAAUCGAUUUGUUUUCAAGAGAGAGAAAUUGUGUUUCCAAAAAUGACUUUUAAUUAUUAUUAUUAUUUAGUAUACAUCUUAAUGUUUUGUUUUGUAUAUUUUUAAAAUUAAAGGUAUAUAUAACUAAUUUAUUGAUAUGAUAAAUUAUGUUUUUUUAUUCUCUAUAAUUUGAUAUCCACUUUGAUAUGUUUUUUUGUAAUAUUUUAAAAUCUAUACACAAUGAUUGUAACGUGUGGAUGUGGACGUUAACAUGUACACAUAUUAAAAGAAUGCUAAUUCAAGUUUGUGGAUAUAGAAACUAAACUAGUAUACGUUCUGUUAAUAUAUUACAUAGGGAUAUAUUGUCAUACAGGUUGUGGAUGAGCACUGCUAUCAUACACAAUAGAGCAUGGUUGAGGAGAUGCAUGCGCAAUGUGACUGUCCACAAGGGAAGGUGUUGACAACGCAUGUGUGGACAUGGUCUGUGUAUACAGCGAUCUAAUUUCAGGUUCCAGAGAAACAAAUCAUUUAUGAUAAAACCAUAAACAACACAACCAUCCACGAUACUUUCAUCUGUAAUAGUUGUCCACAAAGCUCUCAUCCACGAUGCUUCCAUACACAAUGAAUCCAUCCACAUUGAACUUCUUUCAUCUUAUUUUCAUGUGGACGAGUUCAUAUCAAACAUUUUUUUUCUUCAAUUUAUAUAUUUUCUGCUUUUCCUUAAACUUACAAUUUUGGUGAAUAAAGUUUGUUUUGUGUACAAGAAGUUUGAUAAAAAAAAACAUUUUGUGUAUAAAGUUUCAUGGACAAGGUUCCAUGGACAAAGUUUCGUGGACAAGGUAUAUUUAAUUGUAGAUGCAAAAAAAUAGAUGGUCGUUUUGUGAAGUCAAUAACAAAAAAUCUGGAUUCUUUUUUUGUUUAUUUUAAUUUUCGAAUUGAUAAAGUGGGAAGAAAAAAAGAGAUGGCCCACAUGUUGUUUUAGUAACUCAAUUGAACGAUAGAUAGUUUUGUCUUUAGUUGGAGGAUAUUAAUGUCUUUCAUACACUAUAAUGUAUGUCUCAAGUGCAAAGUGGCUUGAAAUGUAAUAGCAAACUCAAAAAGUGCCUCAGAAGGUAAAUUUUUCUAGAACAAAUGUUUAGCCCGUGGCGUGAAAAAAAUAAAGCAAAAGUAAAAAGGAAAAAAAAAGAGAAAAACAAAAGAGAAAAGAAAGGAGCGGUAAUAAAAAGUAGCGAGAAAGCCAAUUAAUACAAACAAUAAUCUGUUUUUAAUUCUUUUUCAUCUCAAAUGCCAUUUUCAUUUAUCUUCUUAUCUUCCUUUACAAAAAAAUAUAAAAAGAUAAAAAAAAACCAUUUCGAAAAGCUCACCUUCUCUUUCUUCUUCCUUUAAAACCUCACUUAGCCAGCCUUUCCCGUUGACAAAGGCAACCCUCAUACUCUCUUUCUCUCCCUCUCCUUUACUCUCUCUCUCUCUUCCUCUCCCUCUCCUUUAACUUUCUCUCUCUAAAUGGAUGCUCUUAGCUUUGUGAAAUUUUGGCUAACCAAUAACACCAACGGCAAUAAACCCCGCCGUGAAAUCAGAAUCUCAGAAUCCGCCGUCGAAUCCUCUACCGCAUUGGGAGACUCCGAAGUUGAUCUCUGCGAAGAAGACGAUUCUUUCUUCGAGCUCGAGAUCUCUCUCUCCGACUUCUCCUUAAAGAAAAACAAAAUUCCUGAAGAAACAGAAGAAAAACAGAACACGUUCCCUGUCUCCAAAAGCAAAGUCCUCCCUUUCGUCGAAACCACCUCGAAACCUCAAUCUCCAAUCACUCUCCUACAACCCAGUGAAAAGCUCCGUGCUUUCUCCUUCAAGAAGUCAACGACGACGGAGAAGAAAGAACCCAACAGCAGAAGCCUCAACGUAAGGUUCAGAUUCGAAGACGAGACAACGAGGUGUGAAGACUCUGCUUCCUCUGUUCCUUCCUCCUCAAAGAGAUUCUUUGAUCUCAUCAAGCCAUUGUACAAUAAAACAACGAAAAAACAGAGCAUCAACAGUGUGUCCACUUCUCCGGCGUCUUCACCGGCGGCGAGAGAGAAACAGAGGAGUAAUAUUACUCGAAGUGUGAGGAGACAACUUGGGAAGAGCCGGUCGGCGUCUGCGACUGUCGGAGCCAUGUCUCCGGUGAAGAGACUCGACGAGUCUUUACAAGUGCAACAAGAUGGGAUUCAAAGUGCGAUUCUCCACUGCAAGAAAUCGUUUCACGGGUCGAGAGAAUCUUCUAUGUUGUCCCGAUCUACUAGUGAAUCUUCCUCACAAGAGAAGCUCAGUACUUCGUCUUCUGAAGAUUCGUAUUUGUUUUCAAGAAUGUCAAGCGAUUCAAUGUCGGAGAAAUCAAUCGAUAGUCUGACUUCAAUCAAGGAACAGAGGGAGAAGAUUAGCGAUUAGCUUUAAUUUUGUCAUAAGAAAGAAAAAGAAAAUUAGAUCGGUCCAUCGGAGGAAAUUUAGUCUUUUAAAAAUUAUUGUAAAAAAACGUAGUUUGAAGUGGUGAAUGGUGAUGAUGAUGGCAAAACAGACAAAUCUUGUUGCAGGAUCAGCAGAGUCUCAGAUUAGUGAUGGCUCUUUCUUUUGCCUUUGUAUUGUGAUGGAUCAUUAUGUGAAUCCUGACACCUAGAAAUUUUAAAAAAUAUGGCAAAUAUUUAUUUAUUACAUAUCUCUGUCGUCUUCGUCUGUCACGCAGCUGAGCUCACAAAUGUGUCAUAUUUCAGUU